ACUAAGGUACUGCGAGCGCCAACACACACCGAAUGAUCGACAUCACAUCAAAAGAUGAAGAUGGCGGCAGUCGCGAAGGACCACAGCCGUCGAAAUUUUCUGACCACGCUUCCCGGCUUAUUUUUGGAUCCUGCAACUCCCAGCACUACGAGCAACCCUUUUGGAAGAUUAUCGGAGAGCGCAAUCCUGCUGCUUUUGUUUGGACCGGUGAUUCCGUGUACGCAGACGAUCGGCCGAAACAAUCAGUGGGGGGAAGAGAACUGCAUAGCGGGAACCUCGAUUCUGCUAGCUGGUGGUGGCCAUCCCUGUCGAGAGUUCGUUCCCGAUCUCCUGGCUACGCGGACGCAACCCCCGAUUACCUCCGGGAACUCUAUCGGCAACAACUCGAAGUCCCGGAAUACAGGGACCUGAUCACCGGGGGGGGCAUCUCGAUUUUUGGAGCUCUGGACGACCACGACUAUGGAACGAACAACGGCGACAAGACGUUUCCGUUCCGAACGCAAAGCGGGAUCGAAUUUACCAGGUUUCUUGGCUUGGACGAUCGAUCCUCGGCAAUGGCGAGGAGGGCGUCGAGGGGUGCCGGGGUAUACGGCGUGCAGGUCUACGAUUUCUCUUCCGCGAAAGGUCGGUUGCUCUCGGACGCCGAUGCCGGCCUCGAUCCGGAUGUGAUACCGGAUGCAACAUACCGCGAUCGACGGAACGAUUCCGGCGACAACAACGGUGGCAGCAGCAGCAACAACAGCGACAAGCUAGUGGCAGUAUUUGUCUUGGACGUAAGAAGCAACAAGACGCCAUGGGCCAAGGGCUUCCCGGAACGCUACGCCUUAAAUCCCGAGGGAGACUUUCUCGGAGAAGAUCAGUGGAAGUGGUUCGAAACAGCGAUCGGCCGGUCGAAUGCUCGGGUCAACAUUAUUGUGAGUGGGAUACAGGUCCACGCCCCCUGGUUUUACGAUUCGAACAAAAUAGAGAACUGGAGGUGAGCUUUUGCAAACGGUUUGCCGAACCCGAUCGAAUAAUGCACGAGUGCGAUA